AUGCCUCCCGUCCUGGCCACCGGCGCAUCGCCCCUCAUUGGCCCUGUCGUCUCACUCUGCGGUUGGACGCUGGUGAUGGAAGUGUGGAUGUACGCCGUUAGAAUCCCAGCACUGAACAAGGGGACAAGCCAGAACAAACUCAAGAUACGACCCGAGAUGACGAUCCAGGAAAUGAACUCGGUCAUCCCGCAUAACGCUCGCUGGAAGGCAGACAACUACAACCAUCUGCAUGAACAACCAACCAAGUUCUACGCCAUUCUCGUCGCGUUGAUGCAGCUUCAAGCCCAUGACAGGCUGACGGUUGGACUGGCUUGGGCCUAUGUAUGCUUGCGAGUGGUGCAUAGCCUUGUCCAUGCUAUUGCGAACCCGAUCAUGGCGAGGUUCCAGGUGUUUGCGCUCAGCUCGCUCACAUUGGCGGCAUUGACCGCGAGAGCUGUCCAGCUGUACAUGCAGUAA